AUGAAAAGAACGGACGAUAAAAUUUACGUGGAUAUAAACAACGAAGAAGAAUAUAAAAACUUAUUUGAUGAUAAGAAUGAUAUUCUUUAUAUAAUAGAUAUUUAUACUAGAUGGUGUGGACCAUGUAUUUUUACUUUUGAAAUGAUAAAUAAAAUAUAUAAAAACAAUUUAUUCUUUUCUGAAAAUGUCAAGUUAUUUUCUAUAUGUGCACAAACUGUGGCCUCAUUAAAAAAUUAUGAUAAUAAUUCUAGACCCUUUUAUAUCAUAUUGAAAAAUGGAGAAAUAGUACAACAAAUUCAAGGGUGUAAUAUACCACUUAUUUUUUCAUUUAUAGAUGAGCACUUGAUGAAUAAGAAAAUAAAUUAA